UUGUCCAAAUGAAGAAAAUAUUAGAAUCCCAAGAUAAAAUAAGCACCCUCCUGAGUCAUGAAAAUCCCUUUCUUGAUUUGAUAAAAAUUAACAUAAUGGGUUGUGGGGAGGGGAAAAUGCCCUGGCUUUGUCCAGGGCUGGCUUUGUCUGUGACAUCAGCACUAAGGCAAGGCAUAAAACAGGCAAACGGGGGCUCUUUGGCUCACAGAGUCCAAUCAUUGGAGGAAGGAAGAAGCAUCACACUCCAGAACUCCUGCUUGACACACAGCUGGGCUCACUCCUUGCUACAUUCCGGCACCAGCCACAAGCCUUGGGGGAGCUGAAGGGAAUGAAACUGCUGGCUGCCUGCUUCAUGUACCUGCUGCUCAUCUGUCUGGCUCUGCCCAAAGCCGAAUGCCGACUUCACGAGCGAUCCAUGGAAAUCAGGAACCCUGAUAUCGACCCUUCCUGGUACACGGGGCGUGGGAUCAGACCUGUGGGACGGUUUGGCCGGAGGAGAGCUGUCGUGGGGAGCUCCCAGAAGUCGGGCUAUGGACACAGGCAAGCUUGCCUCCCUCUAGAAGAAAGCAGUGAAUCCAUUCAAGAUGAAUGAAAUGGCUAAGACAAAGAAUGAAUUUGAAUGAUGCUAAGAAAAGACCCUUCUCCUCUCUUCCUUCCACAUCCCAGCCUCUCUUCUAGGCAAAUGAAAAUGUUUGGUCUCAUUUCAAUGUAUCUUUGUGGCUAUAAAUGAUAGAAACCAAAGAGCAGUUGAUAACUCCAGUAUUUCUGCAGACAAUUUCCCUCUUGCCUGUUUUUUCUUUUUCUCUCCCCUGUUCCCCAUUUGUCCCCCAUCUCUGGCUUUUGCUCGCAAUCUAAGAUGAUUUGCGCCAGAAAAUUGCUAGGGGAAAGAAAUACAACUUCCCAUGUUAAUUAUCUUCCUAGAACAUGGGCUCUUUUAUACAAACCAAAAU